CUUGUUGCUAUGGCUGCGAUGCGACAGAACUACAGUUCCCAGAAUGCCAUUUUCUGUACAUUGGCUCAUGUUAUACAUGGGGGAAUAAGAGAGCGGCGGAGGAACCGAAAGCGAGAGCAGAAUCCCUGGCGAUAAGUAUAGCGAUUAAUAGUGAUCGUGAAAUGGGGGGGAUUCAGUGCCAAAUCCUUCAAAACAGGUUGUCGUAAAAGAAAAACCGCAUUUUGGUGUUGUAUUUUUAAAUAUAAAUUUGGCGUGGACCGGGGUAAGGCACCUCCCUGCCUUCUCUGCACCGGGGUGUGUGCGUGUUUUUCGGGUAGGCUUCAUCGCAUCACCGCGCUGCAGUGUGUUACUGGAACCGAACUGAGGUGCCACGCCGCCGGUUACAGCUGCCCUGCGCCGUCGCCCGAUACUAUGUCAAAAACAGAGAGAGACAAAGUAACACUGCGAAUCAAUCCUACUGACCUAUGCAAUGAAAAAAUGGCAACUUUGCUCUCUAACAGCUGUGGUUUGUAGCCAUAAAGAAGUGCAAUUGUGCCGAAAAAUAUAGUGGAGCGAUUUUUGUGCCUGGUAUUAAAAAGCUUUGAAAAGCAGCGCAAUAGGCAGCCCGCAUGGAACGAGCAGGAAGCAUUCAACUUGAUAUUCCAGACUUCAGCAACUCCGUCCUGUCGCACCUGAACCAGUUGCGAAUACAGGGCCGUCUGUGUGACAUUGUGGUCAAUGUUCAGGGCCACAGUUUUCGUGCCCACAAGGUGGUCCUCGCCGCCAGCUCCCCUUACUUUAGGGACCACAUGUCGCUGAGCGAGAUGAGCACCGUGUCCAUAUCAGUGAUCCGCAACCCAACCGUGUUUGAGCAGCUCCUUUCUUUUUGCUACACGGGACGCUUGUGCUUGCAGCUUGCUGAUAUCAUCAGCUACCUGACGGCUGCCAGCUUCCUCCAAAUGCAGCACAUUAUUGACCGCUGCACCCAGAUUUUAGAGGGAAUCCACUUUAAAAUCAGUCUAUCUGACGUGGAGGAGGAGCUCGGGAACGGGGCCCACAGGACCACCAAUCAAACCAUAGAGUCAGGAAGAGGUGGGACGGUGUUAGGUGGGUCCCGCUCCCUAAGUCCAAGACACACCAGCUCCCGAUUGAUCAGCAACACUGGGGUGAUCAGCAUCCGUGAUGUGAGGGAAGUCCGAGAGAUCAGUCCCCCUGGGGAGUCCAUGAGCCCCCAGAUAGUGGAGCACAGCGGCAUUGGCUCGGAGGAGGUAGGAUCUGGGAAGGAGCCCAUUCUCCGUAUUAACCGAGCCGGGCAAUGGUAUGUCGAGACGGGGACUGAGGUGGAGAGAGGUGGAGAGGAGAAUGUGCGGAUGGUGGAUGGGUUUCGGAUUAAGACUGAAAGGAUGGAGGAAUGGAUGGGAGCGGAGACCCAGGCAUCGGCGGAAGAGGGCAGUGGGGCUGAAGAGGGGCCGACAGUGAUGAUUGACACCUCAGGACGCAGCACACUGGUGCAGGAAGGAGGAAGAGGCGGGAAAGGUUCUCAGCCGUCCAGUAGCUUCAGUGAAACAGAAAGGUUUAGUCCAACAGGAAGUGUGGUGGUAAUGGCUGAUCGACAGAGAGCCAAGAGUGAGUCCCCAGGAAGAGUCGACGAUCAGAGACUCCCCACCUCACAGGGUGAGGAACAAGCUGUGUUUGACAUGGGGGGAUACGAGGAGUACUUACGAGAACAGGUAGGUGACCGGUGGUUUCGCUACAACCCCCGUCUCACCUGCAUUUACUGCUGCAAGUCCUUCAACCAGAAGGGAAGCCUGGAUCGUCACAUGCGCCUACACAUGGGCAUUACCCCUUUUGUCUGUCGAAUCUGCGGAAAGAAGUACACCCGCAAGGACCAACUCGAGUACCACAUCCGUAAGCACACAGGAAACAAGCCCUUCCAUUGCCACGUCUGCGGCAAAAGCUUCCCGUUCCAGGCUAUUCUCAACCAGCACUUCCGCAAGAACCAUCCAGGCUGCGCUCCACAGGAGGUGUCCCACAGUGCCUCUCCUGAGACCACCACGGUCACCUCCCGUGGAGGCCAGAACGAAGAUGAGUCGCCCUCCCAGGAGGAAGCCGAGGGUAAUGGUGGAGGAGGAGGUGCCGGCUCGUCCUUUGGAGAAGGGGUCCAACCUUCAGUAUCCACCACUGGGCCCGACUGAAACGCUUCAAAGGAAAACAUUGCAAGUUUAGGGAGACACAGGACAGUGGGGUCCAACAGGACCUUUUCUGCCUCUGUCCCUUGUCUCCCGCCAUCCACACUGAAGUUGCAAGUUGGAAGGAGUUGAGCGAGCAGGAGGUUCUCUCAGCUGCUGUCAACAAGGAACGGAUAAAAAGGGAGAGUCUUCUGCAUCCUACUUGGACGAAGAUCCUCUAUAUUUUUUUCACAAAGAUGCAAGGAACAGUUUGCUAGGCAUAGUAUUCUCUAGGGAUUAAUAAAUGGUAUUUCCGCUUUAAACCGCAUCUACCUUCACCAUACAAACUGAACAGAACGUCAAUAUAUGAAGACAAGCCACACUCCAACAACCUCACACACCACUGGAUGCAGUGAUUUUUGUUUUCUUCUUCUUUUUUUUCUGUUUUCUUUUUUGUCUUUCCUGUCUUUUAUAUGUUACGUUUUUUUUAUAUUUUUGUACUACUACAAAUCUUUCAGGAUAAAAAAAGAGAAGCUCUAGCUAUGAUUUGGUCAAAUUGCAUUGAAAUUGCCAAAAUUCUCUGUGCCAGAAGAUGAGUUUUAAAAUGAGAGGACAUCGUAGUCCUUUGCUACUUUGCCUUGAGACAAUCUUGAUAAAAUUUAUCUGGGGCUAGACUUUGCGCUCCCCAGCCAUGGCAAGCUUAGGAAAACGGGUUCAGUUUUUUAUUAGGGACCCUCAGGUCUGACCUAACAUCAGAUUCUUGAUUUAUUUUUUCGUUUUGUGUUAAGUGCCGAUCCGGCCUGCCAUAAAACCGAAACACGUUUUUCACACUUCGCCUCGACGCGAGGAAAUUGUAGUCGUAGAACUUUGGGUUUAUAGCAAGAAACACCCGGGUCAUCGUAUUUUACUGUUUAACGUUGGUGGUAAUACUGUGAUAUAGGCACGCUGGUGAAAAGAUGAUGGUAGAGUACAGCAGUUCCAUAUGUAUUUAUUCACAUUUAAUUCCCGUUUAAGGCCUUCAUACAUCUCCAAGCUCAACAACUCAGCUGCUGAAUGUUGACGAUAGUGAUAUAAAACACAGGAAAUUCUUCAACCUCAGAUAAGCUACAAUAGACCGCUCAGUUACCUCUCUCACACAUCACUACGCAAUACCGAUCUGUCGCACGCAGAUGCGUGGAUGCACUCGGCCGAAUUUUAUGUUCAGUGUUUUUUCUUCUCAUACUUUUUAACUGCUUAUAAGUCGCUCAUUGAGAUUCGCACGUCUCACCAACUCGUUUUACUGGUCUGACGAUAUUUUGUUUGUAAGAAUGUGUUUGAACAGGGCAAUGGGUCUCUCAGAGGGCGUAACCUUCUUCCUUUUUGUGUCAAGUCUUGCAGGCUUGGUUGUCGAUGCCGUUUAGGAAAACGGAAAUCGUAUGUCUGUGAUGACUGGGAAACGUUGAAAUGCCACGGAAUGACUUUGAGUGUAAGAUUUCCCUUCAUCUGAUGGAAGGCACUUUAACCUUGGGGUCAAGUGCCUUUACACUUGGCUUAUGAACAGAUGUUUCCAGCUGGUGCUAUGACGUGAAUUUACUGAAGCUUUCAGUAACCAAAGGAACUGAAAUUUAUUGUGGAAGUUCUAAACCCUUAAGAUUUGGAGGGCGAAGAGCAGGGGGGAAAAAAAGAGAUUACAUCAGGCACUUAAAGAAAGGGUGGGGGUGUUUUUUGUUUUGUUUUGUUAGAAUAUUUGUAUAUCUAUAUACAUGUGUCACUUAUGCAUAUUUAGACAAAUUUAUACUUGUAAUAACUAUACAGAGGCAGUUUCUAGAAUGAUCAACAAAAGCAAAGGAGUUUUAAGUGAAAGUAAAGCUGUUAUCAUUUUUAUAAGGCUGUGAAUCACACUUGGUUGUGACUGAUUUUUUAGGAAAGGUUUGAUGCAUAUUAUAAAAAUCAGCUACUGAUGUUUCCAAUAGGGAUUUUGUGCACCUCACUUCAUAUCGACAUUACUUUUACCGUUACUCACAUCUGUGAACACAGGUCAGCAGGUAAACACUUCUUACAAAUAUCAGGAACUCACUGUUUACUUUUUGUGUUUACCUUUUUGGGUUGUACCAAGCCGAUUUUCUUACUUGGAAUUCUAGCUCUGGGUAACUUGGGUCAGCAUAUUUCACAAGUACAGCAAAAAAGGAAAAGAAAAAAAAAAAGAAACUACAUGCGUAUAAACAUUUCCUCUCAAUGUAAAUACCCAUGCCUCAGAAGCAGUGGCAGUGAAUUACAAUCCUGAAACUGUAUAAUUUCACGUCUGUUGUACAGUGCAGAACCCAGGUAAAGAGCAUGUUGAUAUUGCUUUUAUUUGUCACAAUGCAACCUCAAGAUAAUAGAAAAGGGCAAGUAAUUUUGUCUGUAAACAACAUAAUCAUAACCUAAUAUGUUACAAUAUAUCAAGAAAAUAGUUUUUUUUUUUUUUUUGCCUUUGUUUAAAUUUAGAUUUGGGGCAUGGGCCUGUUUUGUGUAUGCCAAUCAUAUAAGGGUGAUAGUGUUUUUAAAUUAUCUCUAUGUGAAUGAAUUAAUUGCAAUUUAAUAACAAGGGAUCUAUAUCUGUAAUCAGUCAUUCCAAUUAUUGUACUGCACAUCUUAGCAGUCUAAAUUUAAUCAUAUUAAUUUGAGUUUUAGGGCUAAUGAUAACUUUCAGCAUGUUUCCCUAUGUUGACCUUCAAAACAUUGACGGUUGACCAACCUGCCUGUUUGUUUUUUAUUUUAAACAAUAUUAUUCAUUCAAAUAUUAUGUGUUUGGCUUCUGUAUUUGUUUUUCAAGCUUUAACAUGACAGAGAAUAGAUUUGUUGCUACAGUGUAUAUAUUAGGCUGUAAUAUUUAAUGUUUCUGUAUGACAAUACAUCUACUGCAAUUUAUUGGUAUUGACUGAUCAAGUCAUUUCUAACCAAAUUUUGUCUAAUCCUAACACAGUGUUACUGAAUGCGUAGUUCCAUAUGGAACUUCAUUUGAAGCAAUAUUUCACCCCAUUUCCUAAAUUGCCAAGUUGCUUUCAGAUAAAGUGGUGCAGAAUUAAAGCACACCGUAACAAUCGCAAAUGAUGACCAAUUGAUUUCAACAAGAAAGAAAAAAAAAUCCUGACUUUGUAAAGCAAAUAUGCAUAUUGGCAAAUGUGAUCAAAUUUGUGUCAGUGAUUACAUUUACCUCAUGGUUUUUUGUUUGUUUGGGUUUUCAUGGUCUGGCUUGUGAAAAGUGAUGCAGUGCAUGUCUCUACUUGGUAAAUUUUUUUGGGAAGACCGAAUGACAACACUGAGCCAUAUUUACAGAGUUUGUUCAGUUUUGUCGCAAGUCCCUCUGGAGCAAAUAUUUUGUACAUGCAACACAUUUUAGAAGUGGACACUUCAAUGCAAGUAGCCUACAUAUAUAUUUCAACACUUAGUCUGUCUGAAUAAGCAAGCAAAUGUGAUGCAUUGUCAAAAAAGUUGUCAGUUGUUUUCUUACCUCAAAAGAAUCUUUGUACAAGGAAACAAGACAUUGUUUUUCUACUGACCCUCAGUAGAAUUUGUUUAUUUGCAUGUUGUCUGUCUUUUGUAAUGGCCAAACAUAUAAACAUUUCCAGGCAUCUAAAUUUGCACCAAGAGAAGCCAAAAUAUUGACAUUUACAAUUUGUCUAGCUAUAUUGUUUUAUCUUGCAAAAAGCAAUAUAGUCUUUCCACGUGUCUUAUAUGUUAAUCACUUUAAUUUAAAUCAUACUUCAGAAAAUAUUUUAUUUUACAUAACCAUGCGAUAAAACAAAAUAUAAUAGCUAUUUUAUUCUUGAAAAAAAGUCAAAUUCCAAAACAUGAGGAGUAUUAACUUAGAAGUCAAUUUUUCUGAUUUUAUUAGCAAACCAAUAUAUUUAUUGAAAUAGUAAAUACGUAUAAAAUUCUAGAAUAUAUUCAUAGGUGAUUAAGGUAUAAUUGCUUAUUUGAAAUUAAUCAGAGUUUAUGAUUACUUAAAAUUUGAGACUUUUCACAUUUAAAAAGGUACAGGAAUCAAAAAGAUUAAUCAUUAUUAAUGUGAAUGCCAUUUUCACAAUAACCACUAUGUUUUUUUUCCUUACUGGCAGUGUGUCAAGUCCAUUCUUCUAAAUAGAAAUAAAGCACUUUAAGUGUAACUGUGAAGGAUUUUUGAUUAUGUUCUUUAAAUGUAUAAUUAUGUAAGCCCAGAUUGUGUGAUACUGCUAAACCCAAAUUUCUAAUAUGAAAAAAUAAACCUGUUUUAUCCUUGUUCGGUGCCUGUACAUAUUGUUUUUAUUUG